GAAUACACAUGGCUGAUUCUUAUCUGCCAUUUUCAUUUAGUUUUUAGACCGAGAUUUAUAAUUUCUCAGAUAAUAGUUUUGUUACAAGUUAUAUAUAGAAUUAUGCUUGCGUGUGUGUUAAUUUGGGCGGAGUAAUAUUUUCCUUCAUUGCUUGUAUAAAGAACAUCACGUAGGCAUUGUUCUUUGAAUCCUUGGAAUACUUGGACACGUACAUACAUCUAUGCGAAGCUGUAAAGUCUGUGAUUUUAACUGUUUUGAUGUAAAACAAAAUAUAUAAACAUUGUGUCUAUGAACCGUCAGGUGAUCAGCACUUCCUCCUUUUGUCCUGAUAUUAAAAUUCUUUAUAUAUUUUUAAAAAUAACCACAAAUUACUUUCCUCACCACUACGAUUGCAACACAUACCACCCAGAGACACGACCUCUAAAGCAAUUACGAAAAUAAUAAUCAAGCCAUCCUCACAGAUUUAAGAUUUCGAAAAAGCCAAACCUCGAGCCAAAAGCAGGGAUUCGGACAGAGCGUCUCCAGCUGUAAACAAACAGUAACAAGUGAAUGAGUUUUGUGGUUGCACGCAUGUCCCUUUGCUCUGCUUGUUGCACUCGUUGCUCUGGAAACCUUGCAGCUGGUCUGAUUUCGGGUGGCUCGGUGAUUUAAGCUCCCUUUGAUUGUUCUAGGGAUGGUAAUAUCGUUAUGCAAGAGUUUGGUGAUUUAUGAGAGGAGGAAGAUAACAUUUGAUGGUAUUUCGCCACAGAGGUCAGAUGAGAUACGAGAUUGCAGUUUAUGUAAUUGUUUAAUUAGAUAACAAGGCUUCGUCAACGCUGCAGAUGUGUUGUGCUGUUAAGGGGAUGACACUUGGGAUUGGAGGGUGUGACUGCACGUCUCUAGGAAGUGUUUGUGCAUUACUGAAGUGAUUUUCAAAUUUGAUGCGUUUUGCAGACAUGUUUAUGAAAGAUAGAGCAUGUGAAGUGAAAUUGUGUAUUGCCAAUUUUGCUGAUAUUUGAUGGCAUACCAAGGAAAUCUAUGUAUGAAUCUUGAAUGAAAAUAGCCCAAAGAGUUACAUAUAUAGAAACAUCAUGAUAGACAUGUUGAAAUUGUACAUAUAUAGAUAGGACAUGCAAGUCAACAAUUAGGAAAGGCACAUAUACUUGCUUAAAUAAGGAAGUGUCUUGGUUGUGUACCAAUACUAAGGCAAAAUGAUGACAGAAGAGGAUCGCCUGGAUGAGGCAGAGGUGACAGUGGUUCUGCCUGACAGAACUGUACCUGUAGAAAACCAAGCACUCAGUAAUGAGUCGCCAACUCUCCAGGGAGGCUUGUCUCAUAAGUUUGAGCUCUUUGCAGCGUGUGUGAUGGGACUAAGCACACUAUCAGGAGGCUUUCUGGAAGGCUACACAUCUCCAGCUAUUCCAACUUUGCUCCAAAACAGUACCUUUGCUGAGACUGGCUUCACAGACGACACAGAGGAGGAAACAUCGGAGCUAACGACUAUUCUGCCAGAUGUGGAGAGUACAACUAUUGCGGAUUGGAUUGAAGAAAACACAACACUGGUUAAGCGAGAUGUGAUGAAUGCAAACUCCACUCUGAUGCCUGAUGUUGAAGUGGAAGUCAGAAAACUUUUCACCGAGCUUCAUUUAACUGAGGAGGAAGCAUCGUGGUUAGGAUCCCUACUAUUACUUGGAGCCUGUUUGGGUGCUUUAGUGUCAUCAUGGGUAAUUGGCCUUGGCAGGAGACGAGCUGUUUGCGCCUCUGCCUUGCCAAGAUUCAUUGGGUGGAUAAUGAUUAGUGCUGCUUCAGAUGUGUACAUGAUGUAUGGUGGAAGAUUCUUAACAGGAGUAUCCAUUGGCAUAGUAACCUCAGCAGUUCCUGUCUACAUCAGCGAAGUGGCCCAUUCGUCUGUUCGCGGAGCUCUCAGUUGUAUAGUGCAAAUUGGUGUAAAUAUUGGAAUAUUCACUGCAGCUUUUCUAGGAACAUUCAUGGAGUGGCGUGGUCUUGCGGUGUUCGGUGCGGUCACUGUGGUCAUAUACUUUGGAUUCACUCUCUUCAUUCCGGAUUCUCCAGUCUGGUUGAUAAUGUGUGGCCGCGACGAUGAUGCAAGGCAGUCCCUGAGAAAGCUGAGGGGGAGAAAGUACUGUGUGGAGUAUGAGCUUCAGCAGAUUAUUUCUGCGAAAGCUAACCAGUAUAACCAAUACUCAUGGAGAGAAGUUGUGACACAGAGAUCAUGUGUGUUGCCAUUAGCAGUUGUGGGAUUAGUGACAGUUGUAAACAGGUGCUCAGGCUAUAAUGCCAUCAUCACAUACUGUGCCACUUUCCUCCAUCAGGCAGUCCCAGCUGUUAGUGAAUACUGGGCUGCUGCAGUUGUUACCCUAAUGCAGGUUGUGUCAACCCUUGGCGCUGCUGUGCUGGUGGACCGGCUCGGACGCAGAAAGCUGUUGCUGGGAUCCAUAUUAGCCAUGGCCAUAGCUUUAGCUACUAUUGCUAUCUGUGAAAUAGCAACCUCUCAUGGGGCAGGUAACAGUUGGGUGGCUGUCCUUGCAACUAUCUUCUAUGUGAGCGCAUAUUCCAUUGGUGUUGGACCCAUCACCUGGGUGUUAGUAGGAGAACUGUUCCCACAAGCUGCAAGGGACAAAGCCUCUGCCAUUAUUGCUGUUCUUAACUGGUUUUUAGCCUUCAUCAUUACCAAGACAUAUUUCAGGUUGGAAGCUGUGACUGGGAUUGCUGGCACCUGUUUUGUGUAUAGUAGUGUCUGUGUUGUUGGAUUGGUUCUCUGCUACUUAGUUGUCCCAGAAACCAAGGAAAGGACACUGGGUGAGAUUGAGGCCUAUUUCACAUACAGCAAAUUGUCCUGGAAGUCGACCAAAAAUAGGCGUGACGUUGCCCUCUCAAGCAUCCUGGAACAAGAAGGAGGCAUUGUUGAUACUUACAGCACCUUUGAGAAUGUUGAUUAAUGGUUGAGAAUGAAAGUUAAAGUAGAUUAGAUUUGCCAUAUGGAGUUGAUUUUGAUCUCUUUACAGUUCUGUGCAAUAAUUGGUUGAGUAACUUCAAAAGGUUUAGUUAGAUUAAUAAUUUAUCCUUUCUCAGUAUUUGUAGAUACAUAAUUCACUUCCACAGCUCAGCAAGUAAUGUUAAGACAAGAAUUCUAAUAUGCAAAAAGUGUGAAGUUAAUUAUACUCAAACAUAUAUCACAAACAUUUUAAAGGUGUGAAUGAUGGGAUAUAAGACCAUAUUUAGCUACAGACAAUUUAUAUAUAUAUAUAUAUAUAUAUAUAUAUAUAUAUAUAUAUAUAUAUAUAUAUAUAUAUAUAUAUAUAUAUAUAUAUAUAUACCGUUGAUGAAUGGUAUAAAACAUUAAUUUUUUCUGAUUCACCUAGGUAUUUUGCUUACAUUGUGCCAUAUACAGGCUUCCCAAUUUGUUGUUUCAUGACCCAAAAUUUCAAAUUCAUAUUCAGGUGACUUUUUAACCCACUGCUGCUGGGGAUAGCAUAUACAUACAUGUCACAUCCCCACAUUUUAGAGGGCUAGACAAAAGCUUAGUUACCAAGAAAUUAGUUAUUAGUCUUCUUAACCCAUCACUGCCGGUUGAAGAAAAUAAAUAAAAACUCUACGUUCUGCAGAUUAAUGGCAACAAGCCAAAUUAGAGCGGGGGUAGUUAAUUACACUAUGCCGAGUUCCCUGCUCGAAGCUAGAUAGCUCUCUCUCUCUCUCUCUCUCUCUCUCUCUCUCUCUCUCUCUCUCUCUCUCUCUCUCUCUCUCUCUCUCUCUCUCUCUCUCUCUCUCUCUCUCUCUCUCUCUCUCUCU